CGAAACAAAGCAUGCCCAAAAAGCGACAAAAUCAGCCCACGUACCAUCGCAUUGGCAUCGAUAGCGCCGCCAUAACUGCAUCCCGGAGGAUACAGAGCUGCGAAACGGAGCACUGUGAAGCCUAUACCACGAAUUGAGUCGCUUGCUUGCAUUGAGAGCAGCAGCGACUAGUACCACUUGCAAGACAGCAGCAGCCAUAUUUGCUUGCAAAAAGGCAGCCGCCAGACGACACAAGCCACCAGCAGCCCUACGCAACGCAACCAUGAAGUACUACCCCCAGUACAACAAUUUCGUGACAUGGCCCGCCAUGUUGAUCCCGCCGGCGGUUUAUGUGGUCGUCGCCGUCCUGGCAAGUAGGAGUGUCACCCCGGGCAAGCCGGUAUUACCGGCAGGACUACUCAAAAACGUUUUGAGAGUAUACAACGUCGUGCAGAUCGUGCUCUGCACCUACAUGACUUGGGGAUUACUACCCGUCGUCCAACCCCCGAACAUCUUCGGCAUCUCUACGGAAUUCGACGCCCGAGGCGAGUGGUUCAUCUUCGUGCACUACCUUUCCAAAUUCCUCGACUGGUUCGACACCUUUUUUAUUAUCGUGAAGGGCAACGCGAAGAAGCAGUUAUCUUUCUUACACGUCUACCACCACUCGUCGAUUGGGCUCAUGUGGGGUAUUCUACUCAUGUACGACAACGCGGGCGGGACGGCGCGCUACGGCGCCAUGAUCAAUAGUGUGACGCAUGUCCUGAUGUACUCCCACUACCUCUGGACGUCUUUUGGAAGAAAGAACCCCUUCAAGGCACUUUUGACCAAAUGGCAAAUCGCGCAAUUCUACUCGUGUUUUGUUCAUGCGGUGCUCGUGCUGACGGGCGUCUGGAUCGUCGAGACGCAGCUCAAGCUCGAGCUGGCCUGGCUCCAGUUCUGCUACCACAUCACGAUGGUCUACCUCUUCACGUUCAAGAUGGCGUGGAUCCCCAAAAUUUAUAUCGACCUCGAGGACAAGUCCGCUUAAUUUUUAUUAAUAUU